GUGGUUUGAGUUUCAAGAGAGUUAGUUGCUUGAAGUUUUGUGUGUAGAGUUUCGCUUAGUGACCAUGUUUCUUAAUUAUUGAUUGAUUAAGCAUUAAAGUAAUUAGUGUAACACUAGUCGCAUUAAAAUGAUCCGUCCGUCGUCGUUGAUUCGAGACGAUGAAGACCGGUUACCGCAGUUCCAGGCCAACGCGAACAACAUAAGGAAAGAUUCGAUCGAUUGCGGCAUCCGGGCCUGCGGCUGGUGCAACGGACCCGGUUGUCAACGGUUGGGCACGGCGACGACCUUCCUGGUGAUUCUGUCGCUGGCCGGCUUUGUCCAGGGUGGAAUCGAGGCGUACUUUCGCGUUUCGGCCCAUCAGGCCGCCAACGAGCAUGACUUCGAUCCGGUCAUCGUGGACUGGCUGCUGGUGACCAGUGGGAUCUCGCAGGGCGUUUUUGCCCUGCUGGUGGCGUACUGGGGAAAUCGGCUGCACCGGAUCUCGUGGUUGGGGGGAAUUUUCAUGCUGCAAGCGGUGGGACUGCUGCUGCUCAUCAUUCCGACGCUGACUCACAACUCCUCCGAACCGGGCACCAUUGCAGCCAUCCAAGUGGAUAACGUGUGCGUCCUUGAACAGUCAGCAGAAUUGCAGAUUGAGCGCCCUUGGAGUAUUACGACGCUGGUGUUGCUGUUCGUCGCCCAAGCCGUGAUUGGAAUCGCUAAUAUUGCAUUUUACUGCUUCGGAAUGAGCUAUUUGGAUGACAAUCUCAAGGAACAUCAGAGUCCUGGUUAUAUUGGUUGUGCUCUGGCCACCCGAGUCUGGGGUCAACAGUUUGGACUGGCAAUCGUAAUAGCCGUGAGUGCCACUUCCCUAAGCUGGUGGCUUGGUUGGGUCAUCCUGGGCCCAAUAAUCUUCAUCCUGGGGCUUCUGUUGGGACUGUUCCCAAAACGACUCCUCUCCACGCUGGUUCGCCAAGCCGCGGACGACAUCAUCGAAACGGCCACCAACAACAGCACCCAGUCGCUGGACGGAGCAGGUCACAAAUGGCUUGCCGACAUCAGUCUAGCACCCUCCCUCAAACGGGUCUUCACCAACGGUAUCCUGAUCUUCAACGUGCUCGCCCUGGUCUUCAUCCAAACCGGUCUGCUCAACUUUAAUGCCCACGAGCAGAACUAUCUGCAGUCGCAGUUCUUCCUGCCCACGUCCAACGUCAACGGACUCAACGACGAGUGGACGUCCCGGCUAAUUACGAACCUGCUGAGGCCGCCCGUUGUGGCGCUGGCCAUCGUGCUGUCCGGGUUGAUCAUCGCCAAGGCGAACCCGAGUCCGAGAAAACUAGCCGGCUGGAACAUCUUUGUGGGACUGGUGGCCGUCGGUUUGUUCAUCGCCUUCAUUUUCAUCUCGUGCGACAACGAGCGCAUUGCUGGCGCCUAUCGGGGCCGUCUGACAAAGCCGUUCUGCGCUUCGAACUGCGUUUGCCCGGAGAAUGUUCCCUUUUCUCCGGUUUGUCCCCAGGACGGCGUGUUUACGUUUUUCUCGCCGUGUCACGCCGGCUGCCAAAAUCGAACGGAAAUCAACAACGUCGUUGUCUACACGGACUGUUCCUGUGGGGUUGAUAUUGAGCACGUGCUCAGCGCGCCCGGGUUGGCCACGGAGGGUUCUUGCGGAAGUUCGGACUGCCAGCGCUACUGGAUCAUCUUUCAGGUGUUGAGUGUGGUGGUUUCGAUGCUGCUGGCUUCCGGGCUGGUGGGAAAGUUGAUCAUUUCGAUUAGGGCCGUGCUGCCGCAGGACAAGGCGCUGGCACUGUCGGUGGAGUUGACGCUGGUUGGGUUGGUGGUUUAUUUGCCGGGAACGGCGGCGUACCAGGCGAUUGCAAUUUCGGCCUGUCAGUUUUGGUCAUCCGAUCAACGAAGAUGCUUCAUCCAUGAGUCACCGUUCUACGGAACUACGCUGAACAUUUUAACUGCGGUAUUGAUAGCAGUUGGAGUUCUGUUCGACAUCCUGGUGUUCUACUUUGUUCGAGAUCUUCCACUGUACGGUGACGAUCCGGAGGAUGCAUACAGACCAAUCGAGAUGCGCUUGAUCACGGCCCAGGCCCGCAACAGUUCCCGCCAGACGGCAUCCCCCGAGGCCGAAGUCCAACCGUUCGUCACCGAGCAAGACCUACAUCAGCAGCAACCAACCCUCCUGCGAACAUCGUCGAUCACAGCACAGGACAUCACUCCGGCCAUCCCAUCAAUACAAAACACCCAGGACAACUACCCCGCCCGGUCUCGGUCCAUUUCCCCGGUCGCCGGUCCAUCCGCCAUGUACGCCCAGGUUGUGCGGAGCCUUCCGACGAGGAACGCCUCCAGCGAUUCGGACGAUCAGUUGGACUUUCGACCGGCGAGGAGCGUUCCGGUGGAUGGCGACGACGAAGACGACGAUACGGAUUACGAGGACGUAAGGGCGGGCAAGGCCAACGGACCACUGCGGGACUAUUCCGGGAUGAAUCCUGCGUCGUUUGGGGCUGGUGGAAUGGGGGCAAGAUCGCUGGAGUCACCACAGUCCAGCGUUGUUAGCAGUCCCGGAGGGUUUGGAGCGGGACCGAGGACGAAGAAUCGGGACGGAAGACCGAUGAGUCCGGAGACGGACUUUUGAACGAAAUGAUUUGAUGAGCGUAGUUUUUACGGUAGACGAUAAGCAAAUAGUUGUAGAACACAUAAUGACAUGUUUAGUAUACACAGUGCCAUACAUUUGAAUGCCGAAUAAGUAUUUAGUACAAUAAAAUAAGAAUGUUUUGCUUUAGUUGACAUACAUCGACUGUUUCGUAAUGUUUCAAUGUUCCUUGGUUGAAAUAAAUGAAUAAAAAUAAGCGAAAACUGUA